AUGAAACGCUUGUCUAAAGAUGACGAGAUCCGCGAUCUUUGGCGUGAGGUUGCUCAGCUGAAGCGGACGAACGACAAUCUGAACGCUCGUCUUAUACACGACGCUGAGCGGCUGCAGAAUGAGGUUUCAUCUUACGAAGUGACUAUCUCUGAGCUGCGCGAAGAUCUGGAGUCCGCCAGGCAGAAACGUGCUGAGGCGGAACGACGGCUCGAAGAGACGGUGCGGGUUAUUGAUGAUCAGUUGAACGAACGAGAACGAACGAAGGCUACGAACGAGGAGAGAACGCAAUCAACUCCUCCUGGACCUGCACAUUCUGAUAGCCAGGUACUGGGUGGAGUUGCAAAGAAGACGACCCAGGCUGUGCCCAGUCAGGGAGGAAAAGAAACAGUGGCUGCCGACGCCUCGAAUGGAUCACCCCGUGAAGCUACUACUGGUGUGAACAACCCACUCCCGACGCUGGGGCCCGAUUCCGAUAGUAAAGCCAACCCCGCGAGCGUGGCAGUCUCGGUUGCAAGCGAACAGAUCGCGAUGCUCCAGGCUCAGCUUUCGACUAUGACUUUCGAGGAGGCCCGGGUACACGAGGAGCUCGGGACAAGGGACAAAGUCAAAGACGACUUGCAAAGGCGUGGCUGGGAGCUGCAACGCGAGCUGGUGAGGUUGCGGGACGAUAUAAGAACCAUCACCGGCACUGAUCCACGCGCCAAUUGGAUGGGUACACACCUUACACCCUAUCGAGUGAUACGAGCGAAGAUCGAUCCGCAGGCUGCUGCAUUCCCGACUCCAGAGUGGGUGCAGUUUGCGAGCAUAUCCGCUAUGCCCGAGUAUCAAGCAUACUCAUCCGAGGAGCUUCGCUGGAACGAUUAUAACAUACUAAGAGUCUAG